CGUGGAUCUACUCUGUAGCUGAACUGUGGAUCCCCAGCACCAAUCGCGAUCGGGCCAUAGAUGGAUCCUACUAGUCUUUGCUGAAGAAAAGAUCGACAGAACCCAGCGGGGUAACAACAUCACUACUACCUACAGUAACUCAGUAUUUAAGUGCCGGAUCUCCCUACCUUUUCAUCUUGCUCUUCUUAUCUCAAAUACCUUCUCACGCACUACUCCUCUAUUCCAUAGCCCCUCCUAUCAACCUAGAACAUCAAGUCAACAACCAUGGCAAACCUCCCAAGCUCCUUCAUCAUUACCCUCGACGGCAUCCCCAUCGCCAAAAACAUCAACCCCGACGAAGAACAAAUUCACGCAGAGGCCGACCACAACAACCCGGCUGUUUUUACCUUCAACGACGGCCUCCUUGAGUCCGAUGGCUGGUACCUGGGACGAUUUCAAAUCGAGGAUCGCAGUUUGCUUCCCAAGCGUGUAUUAUGGCACAAGAAGGGGGGCGACGUUCGUGAGGACUUGAUUCAAAAGACUACUAUUGACAAUGAUGGUGGAGAGUUAGUCCUUAAGAAUGGUGGUACGGUUCUGACAGUAAUUAAUGGACAGGUUUACGGUGAUUUGAUGCAGGAAAACCCUGCUACUGUGGGUAUUAAAGCUGCCUAGGAUGUGAAUAGGUGGAUUCAUUACGGAUUGUAAGCGCUCUUUCGGCGUACUACGAUCUAUCGGCGGUAUGCCUGCGGAGCGCGGUAGGCCAACGGGCUUCAGGAAUGCAGUGCUAGGAAGCUCAAGGCGGUUCAAGAUUGUAUGGCAGUUCCCUCAUAUAGUGUAACAGAACGAAUCGCUUGAGGACCGGAAUCCUCUGCGCGAUUCUGACCUAACUAUUUACUGGGGUAUGCUGUUU